AUGGUACGCAGGACAAAAUUUAAGAAUACUAAAUGUGAAGCAUCUUGUUGGCUUGCAAUAAUUGGAACAAUAUGUUGCGUAACCUCAUCAUUUAUUGGUGCAUUGAGAAUGAGAUAUUGCAAUGUUAAGGAGACGAAAAAGUAUAAAACAGCACAAUUCAUGAAUUCAAUAGCUGGAUUUAUUAGUUUGUUAAGUUCCGUGUCUGUUUGGGCAGAUUUUCUUUGUCAUCUUCCAUAUGAACUAAGUACAACUUAUCAAUUGAAUAAAUUAACUUUUAAUCAACAUAAACAACCAAUUAAGAACAGGAAAAUAUUUGUACCUCAAACUGCCAAUAAUCAAACUAAUAUAUUAACAAUUUCUUCAAUGUUACAUCUUUCUCGUAAUUAUUCUUUAUCUAAUUGGAUAAAAUUUAAAAAGGAUUUAAAUCAUCUUGAACAUUUACAUUAUAAUGGAAAUUAUUUAUUUGGUUGGGCAUAUUGGUUUUGUGUAGUAUCAGUUAUAUUUUUAUUUUUAAGUAAUUUGAUUUAUUUAAUGAGAAAAGAUUGUGAAGAUAAAAGACCAGUUGAAAUUGUUUUCACUUGACAACAAAAACUCUAAAAUGUUAUCAACUAAUGAAUCCCUAUUGAAUGUAAUAGUUAAAUGUGUUAUUUAAUCUCAAAUACAAAAAAAAUGAAGUAAAUGUGUUAAGCCUUGCUGAUCGAACGCUAUAUUCGUUCCUAAGCUAUUCUGAUAACCCGCACGCUAGAACUAUACAGCGACUGAACACCAGAAAGAAGAUGCGAAGUAUGAGAGAAACACUUUACUCCAAGGUUAGUUUUUGUACAGAAAACAUGGGUAUUUAUAGAUGUUAACGUUUGUUAAAUCAGUAUCAUAUUUCGGCAAAUCCGUUAACGACAUAUUAUGCUACUGACUAAUAGUAGCACGCUACGUUGUAAUUCUAAAAUGCUUCAUCAUACUCUGAUUGGCUAGGACUCUUCGGCUCCUUUUGGGCCUCUGGAGGCUCCGUUGAAGUUCUCCAAAAGCCGACUCAACAAAAUGAUGAUAAAUAAGAAAUAAUAUUUCACUUCAAAGUUUGUUUUCGCUCUUGGUAAUUGUAAUUUCGGUUCACAUGAAUUAGGUAAUGAAUAUAGAAAUAAAAUUUUAAAAGUUGAGAUCAUGAGCCAAUUGAAGCUAGACCACUAUGGACAACCUGGAAGCAUUGGACGGCCGUUUCGUCCUACUGUGGGACUCCUCAGCUGCGGAUCGUGAAUGCGCACUGCUGAAUAGUCUCAUGGUAGGACGAAACGGCCGUCUAAUGCAUCUAGGUUGUUUGUCUUAGCACAUCAUUAUGUCUAUUGUGCUCACAAUCUAUUCAGGCGCGUUUAUGAAAAGUUUACAACCUUUCGCUGUACGGGAUACAAAAAGGUACAAUCAGCGACAUCAUGGUGGCUGGCAAUAUGCAUUGAAACGAAUGAACAUUAAUCAAAUGUGGAUUACCGAACUCCUAACAUCUAACUGGUCAUCAUUCAAAAUUUAUCGUCACAAUCGAUCAAGGUAUAAGAAAAGGAAACUUGCUGAAAUACUUUAUGCUGAGAAUUCUAUGUUGUACCAAAAAUAUAAUGUUGAAUAAAGCUUCUAAUAAUAAUAAUGAUAAUACUAAUGAUAGUGGUCUGGCUUCAAUUGACAUAUGAUAUCAACUAUUAAAAUUACUAUAAUAUCCACAAAAACCCUUUCUGAUGUAAAUAAAAGUUUUUUUUCCUUUUUUAAAGACUUGAAAACAUUUAAUAUUAUUUAAGUAGAUAGUUAAUUUAGAAAUAAAUCGUCAUACAUGUGUGCGAAAUUACUUUUUAGAUAAAAUAUUUCAACUGUAUAGGUAAUCGAAAUUCACUUGAUGUUGUUUACUUGUAUUUUCCAAUUGUUGCUUAUAGAGCUUGUGAAUUAAGAUAAUAUCUAGACAGACAGGAUGCACAUAUGCCAAUAAAAGACUGGUCAAUUGCAGUCCUAAAUAACAAUGGGAAGAUACAAAUAAACAGCAUCAAGUGAAUUUAAAACUUCACCC